GUGAGUGGUGACAAGCGGAGGGAAAACUCGGAGCACUGCACGCACGCCCGAACGCCCGAUCGAUCGGUCGAUCGACUGAUUCAUCCUUCCUCGGAAUUAAUUCGACGGGAGGAAGCGCACGCUAAAACAACCACAACCACCUCCGGCCACGAGACUCAGAGCAGAGGCAGGCAGAGAAUUCAGGGGCGAGCACUUCUAAGUUUUCGGAUUCGGGCGACAGGGCUCGGCUCUCGUUUGAGAGGAGAAGGGCCGAUCCGUCGCGAGAAGCGGGAAGGGUGUGGCGCGCGAGCGAGGGAGGGAGGAAAGGAACGGAAAGGAAUCGAAAGCGAGGGCGGAAGUUUUUCGGAUUGUCAAGAGAAGUGUAGAGCAGCGGAGGGGGUUCGGGGGAUUCGAUUGGGGGGGUGGAACAAGCGAGAAUGGGAGAGGAGGAAGAUUUACGGAAGCCGUUGUUGCAAACAGGAGGAGGAGGAGGAGGGGGAGGAGAAAAUGAGAAUUGGCAGCAGUAUACUGCAGGAGUGGGGCGGGGAAACGAGAGGAGGAAUGGGUUGAUAGUGGCGGAAGGCGCAGAGGCACAGGAAGCGCUGGAGAGCAGGUUUAAUCAUGCGAUUACGAUCUUAGGAGAGCCUCCGGUGCUGGAGAAGCAGGCUGCUAUAGAUCCAUUUAAAAAUAAGACGCCUCAUAUAAGGGGAUUGUAUGAAUGGACGAAAACCAUUCUCAUGCUACCGGUUUUGGUGCUCAGAAUUCUUAUGACCGCGCUGGUUCUCUUCGUGGGAUUGAUUGCGACGAAAACUGCCCUGGCUGGAUACACGCCAACAGAGGAUCCAAUGCCGAAAUGGCGACGACGCAUGUUUUGUGUAACUCGCCUCUGUGGACGCGCUGUCCUUUUCUGCUUCGGGUUUCAUUGGAUUCGUCGAAUCGGUCGACCUGCUCCUCGAGAGGUUGCUCCCAUUGUUGUUUCCAAUCAUGUCUCAUUCACCGACCCGAUUUUUCAUUUCUGGGAGCUGCUUCCUGUCUUUGUGAGCUCAACUUCUCAUGAUGACAUCUUCAUGGUGGGGCCGAUCAUUCGAGCUAUGGAGGUUAUUGUCGUAGACAGGUUGUCCCCCGAAUCACGAAGACUCGCCGCCAGUGAGAUCAAGAGAAAAGCACUAUGCAAUGAUUACCCUCGGGUGCUACUUUUCCCUGAGGGAACAACAACGAACGGAAGAGCUAUUAUCUCCUUCAAGCUUGGGGCUUUCAGGCCAGGUGUUGCGGUUCAGCCGGUAGUUGUUCGCUAUCCCUUCGUACACUUCGACAUUUCCUGGGGGGACAUCUCCGUUUGGAAGCUAGUAUUUCGAAUGCUUACUCAGGUCACUAAUCACAUGGAGGUGGAGUAUCUGCCGGUUGUGUACCCUACAAAGAAGGAUUUAGAUGACCCGGUUGCUUUUGCGCAAAAAGUGCGAUUUCUCAUGGCCGGUGCUCUAAACGUACCCGAGACUGAGCAUACCUACGGUGACUUGAUGCUAGCUGUAAGAUCAUCGGAACUGAAACUGUAUCCCGCUACUGCGUCGAUGGUCGAAAUGGGAAGAAUGGAAAAAUUAUUUCACUUAACAACUUCGGAGGUCAAGGAAUAUAUGGAAAAGUUUUACAAGAUGGACACAAACCGCAGUGGCAAUGUGACAAUGGACCAGUUUCUGGAAGCUCUUGAUAUCCCUAAAAGUCCAUUCUCUGAGAAGCUCUUCCUCAUGUUUGACAAGUCUGAACAAGGAUAUAUUAACUUCAGAGAAUUUGUUGCAGUGUUAGGAUUUCUAUCAAAUCACACAGAAUUCGCCAGGCUAAUCAAAUCUGCGUUCGAAGCAUGUGAUUCCCAUCAAGAUGGAACGUUGUCUCAGCUAGAGCUGGAGAGUAGUCUAAGAUCAGUCUUCCCCGAAAUUCCUAAAUCUCAGGUCCAACAUAUGUUUGAAAAACUCGACAUGAAUCGCGAUGGGGCUAUAAGUUGGGAUGAAUUCCGGACGUUUUUAGAGAAAAAUCCUGAGCUCCUUGCAGUUUUCGUUGCUGUGACCUGUGGCGUUUAACUCCACCUUUUUAUUCGGGCCUUUCUGCCAAUUUGACAGUGUAGAAUACGAGAUCAAAACGAGAGGAAUCUCUGCCUAGUCUUCAGCCUGUACAAGGGAAGGACGUUAGAAGGCAUUUCGAAUUUGGCGAGCACGCUGGUCAGAGGAAGUGUGAAAAGCCCCUGUAUGUCUGUUUUCGACGUGGCAUUACGAGGGCCCCUGGAACGUAUGUGAAACCGCUUUCAGAUCUUUCAGGGAAUCAGAAAAUGAUCACCAAUGGGUCCGUCAGAGAAGCAGCUAUGUUGCUGUUUGCGGCUACUUGCCUUUCGAAGAUUAUAUUGAUGCAGUCACAAUGGAUGGACAGUUCCUCAGUGUGCUUGGGCCAUGCAACGGAGUACAAUUUCAUCGAAGCUCGUCUUCAGUUAUCCACUUGGGCACCAAGUGAUUGAGCCUAGCAGUUUAGUGAAGCUUCCCUGUUAGGCGUUAGCAGGCGUUUUUGAAGGUGCAUGAAGCUGUUUGAUUGCAGUGCUUCCAGAUCUGACUACCUACUGUAUCAGGUACUGAAAAUUUUGUGCUGAUGGUGGGAAUGGGUUUUCUAGGGCACUGGAGUACCAGUGUAGAUUAGUGAUACAACUGGUACGCAAAUCCAGUGCCAGUGUAGAAUAGGACACAAUCUCUACUGAAGUUAUAUGCCGACCGAGAAUAUUGAUACGUUGCCCGUGGAAUGGGCUAUUGCAGACAAGUGUGGGGCAUAUUGCCUUUGGCUUUUAUGGAUAGGAUGGUACGCUGAAGAAAGAUUUGGGAGUUGUUUCUUAACAACACUCAUAGUUGGCUCAUUUUCCUGCCCCACAGUAAGUAGUCUAGAUGGUAAAUUGGAAGUUCUUUCCACUGUACUUAAUAUGAAGUGUAAUUCUUGAGCCUUGUAAGCAAUUUUCCCAGGGAUAUGGUGAAACCUCAAGAAUAUGCUUGAUAC